CCAUUUUCAAUAAAUGACCGCACAAAUGUAAGAGUGAACUGCCGCGGUAAGGACAUGUUUUCUGUUGUUUAAAAAGUUAAUUACGAUCGAGCAUCUCUAAAUGUAAACAUGCGUAUUCUUCCGUGGAACAAGAAGAACGACGAAAAGAAGUUUCGACUGGAAUUCCGUCAGUUGAUCACCGGUCGGCGUCGUGUCGCGAAAUCAGUCAAUAGUGAACCAUCGUUACGAUCGUCUCUAUCCGGAGACAGAAGAAAAAUAUCGUUCAAAACUAAAAAUCAAUUGGAAUCUAAAGGAACUCCCUCGACUUCACCAAUUUUGAAGAGUGAACAAGACUUUGAAAGAAUCAAUUCUACUUCAAUAACGCCUAUACAAGAAGCUAGUGCCGCAUUGUCGGAAGAUGUUGAAACUCCAUCGAACGGGCAUUUCAGCGGCAACACUGUGUUGCAAUCUGACAAAAAUAAUGGAAAUCUAAUGAAUAGUUCAGAAGUUUUGUCACCAGUUUCCAGAGAUAACGUAGACAAUGACAUAGAACGUGACCUUGUGCGUUCACAGUCUGAGUCAUUCGCAGUGUCAGACGGUCUGGUGAUGGAUCCGUUGGCUCCGACAGCGCUCGCCGUCUCCACGGAGCUAAUGGAGCGCAUCGGUAGUGGCCUCACCUUGCUCAGAGACCAUGGCAAGAAGGUACAAAAGUUUGUUUUCAAAAACAGAAAAUAUGAUAUACUUAGAAAAUCAUGGAAUUCAAUAGUCAAUGUCGUAUUAAUAGAAGCCAAAGACUUGCCCGACGGACCAACAAAUGGAUCUAGUGGCCUUUACUGUAAGUUCAGAUUAGGUGCAGAAUCCCACAAGUCAAAACUAGUGACUUCAAAGAAACCGACUUGGCGUGAAAGAUUUAAUCUUUACUUAUAUGACGACAACCAUUUAGACGUCACCGUAUGGUGUAAGGGAAAACAGAAAAACUUCAUGGGCAGGUGUGCUAUUGACCUUUCGAACCUGGAGAAAGAAAAGACCCAUGACGUAUGGCAUGACUUGGAAUGUGGCUUUGGUAGUAUACAUCUUCUGAUUACCCUCAGCGGUUCUAUCAGAGAUGCUGACAGUAUACCUACCACACAAAUUGUUAAACACGAGGAAUUCCCUGAAGAACAAUAUAUUUGGAAACUGAGUAAUUGGAAUGAAGUGGGAAAAAUGCUGGUAACGGUGUACGGUGCCAAAGGGCUGGGUUUAGGAAUUAGCGGCAAAGCGGACGCCUACUGUGUCCUGGAACUAGAUAAUUGCAGGGUGCAAACUCACACAGAUCGUGCCACAUCGGAACCUAACUGGAAUAAAACUUACUCUUUCACCGUUAAUGAUAUUACAUCUACAUUAGACAUCGGCGUAUACAAUGAGUCAAUUAUCAGUGGUAUGAAAGGAGAAACAUUAGGAAAACUCUCAAUACCCCUAUUAAGGAUCAACAAUGAUGAAUUAAGAUGGUAUGCCUUAAAGAACCGCUCAAAGAAAUCCAGCGCAAAGGGCAACUGUCCUAGAAUUCUUCUGCAAAUCUCUAUCAUUUGGAAUCCGGUAAAAGCAUCGCUUCGGGUCUUGAGUCCAAAGGAAAUAAAAUACAUUCAAAAACCACCAAAAUUCAAUAUACCCUUGAUCUAUAGCAAUUUGAAAUUUAUCAAAGAUACAUUCAACGCUCUGUAUAUCAGCAAUGAACAUUACAAGCGAGUGUUCGAAUGGGAGAGCAGGGAGAAGUCUACAGUCGCUUUGAUUGUAUGGCUAGCGUUCUGGUACUUCUUCAGUUUUUGGAUGACUCCUCUACUAUUACUUGCUCCUUUCCUGUACCAGUGGAUAAGUCAGCGAUACUUUAGUAAAAACAAUGCAUUGAUUUUAUUAAAUUACUCGGAUGAUGAUGUAUCAGAUGAGGAACUCGAAUCACAUAAAGAUGAUAAAACGCUAAAAACUCGAUUAUACGGACUCCAAGACCUCACGUUUACAAUCAAGAAUAGCAUCGAUUAUCUCGUAUCUGUGUUUGAAAGAUUAAAAAAUUUAUCAAAUUUUACGGUGCCCUACUUGACGUACCUGGCUAUAUCUGUUUUGAUGUUGUCCUCCGUCGUUCUCUAUUUUAUUCCUGUAAAAUAUUUAUUUAUGGCUUUAGGUAUUUAUAAGUUUAUGCGUAAAUUGCUGAAUCCAAAUAGAGUUCCUAACAACGAUUUGUUGGAUUUCAUUUCUCGAGUUCCUGACGAUGAGAUUGUGAAACAAUGGCGAGAGUUGAAAGUUCCGGAACCGAAUCUCAGUAGAUCUGGCUCGACGAGAAGAAAAGAUGUACAAGGAGAGAAUUGAAGCAUUUUUGAUGUACUGAAUGUGGAUGACAACUCCUUGUAAAACUCUGUGAUACAAUAUUAUUAUUGCUAUUGGUGCCAUAAAUAAUGGUCUCAUUAGUAUAAUCUCAAGCGUGUGAAUUUAUAAAAUUGUUAAGUUUCUAAGACUUGUCUGAAUAGAAGUGGAAGACGUUCAAUUUUUAUACAAACAUAUCUAUUGAAUCUCAAAUAAUGUUAUGUACCUAAGUGUUUAUGAAUAAAAUUUUCUGAUUUUUUCUACAAUGUUAUAUCUAAUGUAUAUCUACAGUACGUAAAUAUAUAUUCUCUUAUCUGUAUCCACAAUUUCUCACAACUUUAUAAAUCCUCCUGAUAUUUUUUUGUAUAAUAAUUGACUCUAAAUAA